AUGGAAAAGCCUUUCUGCUGCUCGCGACUUUCCAGGUUUGGCAUCAGGGACUGGCCGGAGCCCAAGUCCAUGGCUUUUCUGGAGACACUGGCCAAAUAUGACAUCGACACAGCCGUCCAGUUGAUCUUAUGCCGAGAAAAAUUGAUCGUGAAGGUGAGUGCGGGGCCCUGCAGCCCGGCGGUCUCUGCCCAGCCGGGGUCGCCGAUGCCGGGGUCCGGGCGUUCGAUCCUCGGCCUGGACGCGCGCUUGGGCGGGGAAGGGGGAGGUGUGCAGAGAGAAGGGGGCCUGAAACCCGGGCAGAGAAAGUGUCCUGGGGCUGGAAGGAGCGGGCGCGCCUCGCGGAGCCCGGCAGGGAGGGCAGCGAGUGCGGCGGCAGCGAGGGCAGCGAGGGCAGGGGCAUCCCUGGGCUGGUACCAGGCUCUGCGCGCGCUUGCGGAGCCCGGCAGGGAAGGUGGCGGUGGCAGGGAGGGCAGCGAGGGCGGCGGCAGCGAGGGCAGGGGCAUCCCUGGGCUGGCACCAGGCUCUGCGCGCGCUUGCGGAGAUCCGGCUUUGCCUCCUGGAGAGAUGGGGGGGGCACCACUUCCCACCAAGUUCUUGUACCUUCGGCUUCAUCCUGAGGAAAGCGGGGAUUCUGGGGUGCGGCGGGGUGAGGGCACAGCUCAGGCAAAGGCCUGGAGGCAGGAGGUUGUGGGGUGUGGGCUCCCCAGAAGCUUGGUCAGAGCACUGGGGGGGAGGAACAUCCUCCCCGAGUCUGGGGGCAGCCCCGGCCCGAGCAGCAGCUCUCAAGCCUUGUGGUCCCCUCGCCCACCCUCCGCCGCCCCCAAGGGACUCCCUCCAGCGAAGGGCCGGCCCUGCCCUCCCCGCCUCCCCUCUGCUCCAGGGGUCCUGGUCUCUGCACCCCCUGUGGCCAUGGCAGCGGGUGGGGGGGGCAUUUCUGUCCCGGCUCUGGCCCAUGCAGGGGGAGCCCGGGCGCUCGGGGCCCAACGGGGGUCUGGGGCCCUCACAGGGACUGGGGCCGGGGCCCGCCUGGGGCCCCCCGGGGUCUGGGGCCCUCCCGGGGUCUGGGGCCCUCCCGGGGUCUGGGGCCCUCGCGGGGUCCGGGGCCCUCGGGCUCACGGCUCCCACCCCCCCCAGGGCAGAGCUUUCAUUGAUCACUACGACCCCCGGGAGUACGACCCUUUUCACAUGAGGAAUAAGGACCCAACGUAUCUCAAGGUCAUGGUCCCUCUGUUCCGGGACCCCAUGCAGCUCGCCCAGCAAGACAGGGACGAGGAGAACCGAGCCAUUCUCCGGGAAGAGAUACACGAUGAAGGAGUUCAAGCAGGUGGAGAAAGCCCGGCAGCUCGAGGGGCUGCCCCCCUUCUCCUUCGCCCGGCCCCGCAGAUGCCCCGCCUCGGCGCCCGCCGAAGGCCGAGGCUUCGCCCGCAGCAGGGCCCCCUCCAGGCCAGACACCGCGGGGAGGAGUCAGUCGGCCGGCCCGAGGCACUUCCCAGACCUGGAGGACACACUGGACAAGGCGAUGUCUUCGGCGUGCAGCACGCUGUCCCUGAACGAGGUGGGCAGCACCGGGGCCAGCAGCAAGGCUGCGGAGGCCUGGGCCCACCGGCCCGCGUUGCUCAGGUCCACGUCGCGGCCCCCCAGCCACAAAGCGCGCCACGUGUACCAGGAGAGGCCGGCCUACAUCCCCAGCGCGGGCCAGGCCUUGCAAUGGCCAUGAGGAGGUCGCCGUGGGGGCCCCCAGCUCCACCUGAGCUGGCAACCAGAAACUCCAUGUUUCCUCCUGGGGGGCACUGAACUUGAGGAGCGGGCCCCCAGGGGCUCUGCUGUGCAGGGGGCCGGGUGGAUUUCCGACCUCGGGACCAGAGACCCCCAGUUUGGGGGGCAUUUCUGCUCCUAGGAGGCUGAUGGCUUUCUGGGGGGUUGCAGGAAACGCCAGCGUAGCCCGAGGGCCAAAUAAAGCGACUUGUGUCACUACCCUCUGGACCCCGGCCCUGGAGAGGCUCCUUUACCCUCCCCCCCUCAGAGCUCAUCCUCAUGGUGGAUGUCUGGGGCCCCAAGCCCUGAGGAGUGCUGGACCAGGAGCUGACCCCUGCCCCCCCCCUCACCACCGCCAUGAGCUCGCACCCACAGCAAGCCCAAGCCCAACCGGAAGGCGAGAUGCCACGGGCACCCUGGGCACGGCUGCCCGUCUCCCCCCUCCCCCCCCCAGGCC